AUGCAUACAAAAAGCAGACGGCGACCUUUCGAAGACCGGCAUAGGAAAUAGCCAGGAGCAGCAGCCGGCGGCAGUAUAGCACAGGAGCCCCGAGCUGUUUCUUCGCCGCAGGAAUGGGCAAGGAUGGCACCAAGUACGCAGUGGUGGACGCCUUCACAGCGGAGCCGUUCAAGGGCAACCCCGCCGCGGUGUGCCUCCUCGAGGACGCCUCCAAGGCCGCCGAUGAGCGCUGGAUGCAGUCCGUCGCCGCCGAGUUCAACCUCUCCGAGACCGCCUUCCUCCUCCGGGACGACUCCUCCGCGGCCGGCGCCGUCCCGCGGUUCCAGCUCCGAUGGUUCACCCCCGCCACUGAGGUGGACCUCUGCGGCCACGCGACGCUGGCCUCCGCUCACUUCCUCUUCACAUCCGUUCUCGCGGAGCACGAGGCGCUCAUCGAGUUCUCGACCAAGUCGGGGAUUCUUACGGCCAAAAGGGUUCCUGCGCCGGAGAGCACGGGCGUGUCAGGCGAGGGGAAACUGUUCAUUGAGCUGGAUUUCCCCGUGAUUGACCUUGUUGAUUGCCAUCCUUCCGAGCUGCCGUCCAUCCCCGAGACCCUGAACGGAGCCUCCAUUAUCAGUGUUCACAAGUCAACUGGUGACCUCAUCGUUGUGGAGCUUUCAUCAGGAAAAGAGGUUGCUGAUAUCACUCCUAAUAUUCAUGAAAUUAAAAUGUGUUCUGGCAGCGGAAUUAUUGUUACAGGGCCAGCGGCAGCUGGAUCUGGUUAUGACUUCUUCACACGUUUUUUCUGCCCAAAAUUUGGGAUAGAUGAGGAUCCUGUUUGUGGCAGCGCGCAUUGUGUUUUAGCACCUUAUUGGGGUGGGAAGCUGGGGAAACACAAACUGACAGCAUUUCAAGCAUCCUCUCGGAGUGGAACACUAUACCUGGAGUUAGAAGCUGCACGCAGGAGAGUGCGAAUUCAGGGAGAAGCUGUCAGUGUGAUGACUGGUACCCUCCUAGCAUAGCCCUGCUCAAUGGACGUUUGCUGUCUUAACUUUAGUUGCGAGGCAUAAUUCUUCUGCAGCUAGGAUUAAAUCAAACCUCUGUGGUAUAAUUCCAGACUAAGCAGAGUGUAUGUGGGUGUUUCUUUUGAAUAAAUCAGUGGAUGUUCAAUGUGUGCAGUAUAUUCUGUUUGCAUUGGCUUGAAUUGAAGCAAUGAACUAGAUUUAUGGGCUGGAUGAAGAACAUAGAUCUGAACAAACUGUCUGUAGAGUAUACUAGUUAAUUGUCAACAUUUGCUUCUAA